UAUUCGAUUUGUGCAUGUAUCUGUUUGUAACGUAACUGAAAAAGCUGCGGUUUGAAAUUUUUCUUCUGCACCUAAAUUUUCUGGUUCAGAUGAGUUCAGUGAGAAGCGCUAAACGUCUAAAUUUAGGGAAAAGCACACUUAGUGAUUCAGUUUCUUCAACUUUCGUUUUAAGUGAAGCCAUGUUGAGAAGAAGCCAAAGACUUCAGUCUAACGGCUAUUACGGCAGCCAAGGAGAGCCGUUAAUCUCCUACAAGGACACUUUAUACAGGCGACAGCCUCGUCCCCGUCCAGUCCCUGACAAUAUUGACCGAGACACAGUUGAAUACAACUACGAUGACUGUGACACUGUGGACUACAACUACGAUGACCGUGACACUGUGGACUACAACUACGAUGACUGUGACACUGUGGACUACAACUACGAUGACUGUGACACUGUGGACUACAACUACGAUGACCGUGACACUGUGGACUACACCACUGAUGAUUUUGUUGACUACAGUAGUGGCAGCAGCAGAGGUCUCUUUAGAGCCAUCAAGGCAUUGGGACUUUUGGUCCUCAUGCUGGCCUUGUGUUUUGGAUUGAUUUUCAGUAUUGGAGGGCUGAAGAUGGACUUUUCCACCCCGUUCAUGAGUGAGUACACGGUGAGCGGACAUGAACGGGUGGACAGGCAGGUACAAGACAUUCAGGAUACCCGACCACAGUGUAGAUUUCAUCCACUACGUCACGCUGCAUCUGCUGAACAAGUGGUGCAAUUGCGAGGAUUCCUGUCUACGCAGCUUUCGAGUUCAAAGAAAGCUGGCACAACCAAAUUCCCAUGAAAGAAUCUUUAAAAGAAAAGAGAGGAAAAAUGUGAAAGUGAAUCAGACUGCAACACAUAUUUAAAUAUUGUAUCAGAAAAAAAAUGUCCAUUUAACCCAUGUUUUUUUCUCCAGCGAACGUCCAUCCUACCAGGUAAGACAUGUCUGAUUAAGAUGUUUGCAGUCUGAUUCACCUCACCCCCAACCAGCCGUGGCAGAGGGCUUGCCCCUCCCUGAGCCUGGCUCUGCCAGAGGUUUCUUCCUGUUAAAAGG